AUGCAAGAACAACUCUCCAGACCGCUUCUCAAAGCUUAUAUUGACGCUCUUGUCCGCUUGCAUUUUUACGAAGACUCAGAGUUAUCUCUGAAUGAUAUCCUACUCCUUUUCUAUUAAAAAAUAGCUUAAGAUUUUUUAUCUAAAAUUUAUAAAUCAAAUUAAAAUGAAUUUUAUAUAAUUACUUACUCCCCCCCAUCCUUGAUCUAACGAUUGACUGCAAGAAUUCCUAAAAAUUGGGGAAAUUAACCCCCAUCCUUGAUCGAACGAUUUUCAUAUCAUGACAAUUUUUAUAUAUAUAUAAAAAUAUAUUAGUUAUCAAAAGCUUGGGAAGAUGCACAUAAUGAAGUUGUUUUCAGAGACUUUGAGACGACGGAAAGCUUCGGAAUCAACCAUCUGAAGUGAUUUAAUCAUCAACCUAGGCUUAAAAACUCAAUAAUCUAAUAAAAUACAGAUUCUUUAAAAUUUUUUUAAAAAAAAAUUAAUUUAAUAAGGAACAAAUUAAAAUUUAUACAGUUUAAAGGGGUAACUAAUAAAUCAAAAUAUUAAAAAUUUGUUAUUUUUAUGAAAUUAAUUCAAUUUUUUGCUGUAAAAAUAAUUAUUAAAUACUCUUAACCCUCUUAUUUAAAAGUAAAUAAAAAAAAUAUAUAUAUAUAUAUUUGUUUUAUAUAUAAAAUUUUUUAACCCCCCAUCCUUGAUCGAACGAUGGCGAGUCGUUCGAUCAAGGAUGGGGGGGGAGUUAAUAAUAAAUCUUUAAUAUAAUUUCAGUUUUUUUUAUUCAAUUUUUGGAAAGACUAUUAUUGUUUUUUAAUUGCAGUUAAAUAGUAUAAAAGAUUUUUACAAAAUAACAAACAGUAUAUAUACUUCUAAUUAGAAGAAAGUUAGAGCAGCUCGAUGGCCGAACUUCUCUUACAAAGCCUCAAUUAGAAAAUUUAGCAAAAGCUUACAUCUCAUUAAUUGAACAACUUCUACAGAACAAUCCUUCAGACGUCAAGGAAUUCCUGACCUCUAAAAAUCUAAAUGAAACAGAAGUCCUUGUCCUAGCUGGGAUCUGGGCUGAGCACAAAGGCUUUAUUAUCAGGAAACAUCUUGAAUCAAGAGAAGUCGAAUGAAAAGUAAAAACUGAGCCAAGCUGGAACGUAGACGUCGUUACACUAGGGAAGGACACUGAGUCUCUUUCAGAACCACUAGCAACAAUGAAUUUAAAGCUGGCCAAAGAAAAUUCCUCCAAAAUUCUGCAGUUUUCUAUGUAUAAAUCUGAAAUUGCAAUUCUGCUGUCUGCUCUGGAGCAAGCUGAAGCAAUUCUUAACGUAAAAGAGUUUUAA